GUGUUCUGUGGAGGAACCAGCGGCCAUGAAUGAUUGUUACAACCAAGGAAAACAAUGGCUGCUUCGGUUAACAUCUCAGCUUCCUCUCUCAUCCCCACGAGGGCUCUCCCUCUCCCUAGUGGGAACCAGCGGCAGUCCUCCAUCAAUCUUCACCGGGACCAUGGCAACAAACUCUCCGGGCGCAGACCCUCAUUCCGAGUCCGAGCCGCAAAGCUUCCUUCCGGGGUAGAGUUGCCUAAAGCGCAACCGAAAUUUCAAGCACCUUUCGUGGGAUUUACCAGGACAGCUGAGACAUGGAACUCUAGGGCUUGCAUGAUUGGGCUCGUAGGGACUUUCAUCGUCGAACUGAUAAUAAACAGAGGAAUACUCCAAGUGAUUGGAGUGGAGGUGGGCAAAGGACUCAAUCUUCCUCUCUAGAGACACCGCACAACAGACUGACAGCAUAAAUUUAUCGCUCUAUAUAUAUAUAUAUAUAUAGCUGUUCAUGUAUCUUUCUCUGGCUUUCUCAUACCUUCUGUUGUGCUAAGAAUCAACAAUGUGCUCCAUUUCUCAUCAUGAACUGUGGCCCUGCUCCAUGACUGAAAA